AUGAACACAGCCACCACUGCGGCCAGCACACCGCAGAGAGAGGCGACGCCGGAUGUGACGGCAGCUGGCCAUGCGGGGACGCAGGAGAAGCGGCGCACGGAUGACCACGAGACCACAGGCAAGGACCGGAAGAAGAAGCGGGCAGCCAAGGGCCCUGACCGCACAAAGUACACGCCGCCCGAGACACGGCUGUCGGACCUGGGCGGAGUCGACGCAUGCAUCGAGGAGGUGCUGGAGCUCAUAGUGAUGCCGCUGAAGCACCCCGAGAUCUACCUGCACACGGGCGUCAACCCGCCGCGCGGAGUGCUGCUGCACGGGCCCCCUGGCUGUGGCAAAACCAUGCUGGCCAACGCCAUCGCCGGAGAGGUCGGUGUCCCAUUCCUGCAGAUCUCGGCGCCCUCGAUUGUGUCGGGCAUGUCGGGCGAGUCCGAGAAGAAGCUGCGUGAGGUGUUUGAGGAGGCCCGGGAUCUGGCUCCCUGCAUUGUGUUUAUCGACGAGAUCGACGCAAUCACGCCGAAGCGCGAGACGGCGCAGCGCGAGAUGGAGCGCAGGAUUGUUGCACAGAUGCUCACCUGCAUCGACGAUCUGUCGUGGGAGAAGACGGACAACAAGCCGGUCAUGUUGAUCGGCGCCACAAACCGGCCUGAUUCGCUUGAUCCGGCGCUGCGCCGUGCGGGCCGCUUCGAUCGCGAAAUCGCCAUGGCUGUGCCCGACGAGGACGCGCGCGAGCAGAUCCUACACGUGCUGUGCCAGAAGCUGCUGCUGUCGGGCGACUUUGACAUCAAGGAGCUGGCAAAAUGCACGCCUGGAUACGUUGGCGCUGACUUGACGGCCCUGACCACUGCAGCUGGUAUGAUUGCCGUCAAGCGCAUCUUCCACUCGAUGCAGGCGCUGGCGCCAAGCACGCUGGCUGACAAGCUGGCGCUGGCAGCGGUUGAUGGCGAUGUCCCGGGCGCAGCCGAGAGUAUGAGUGUUGAUCCAGUCAGCGGCCAGGAGACACCGAUGCCAAUCAGCACUCCAGCGCGGUGGGACGCACAGCCAGCAGACCGCAAGCUCCGCACCAUCGCCGAUUUCCUGGCCUCCCACCCGGACCCGCUGACAACCGAGGAGCUGGCGCCGCUGGCCAUCUCCAACGCCGACUUUAUUGAGGCCCUGAAGAAGGUUCAGCCCAGCGCCAAGCGCGAGGGCUUCGCAACCGUGCCGGGUGUGACCUGGGACGACAUUGGCGCGCUGGGCAAGGUGCGCGACGAGCUGCGCAUGGCCGUGGUCGAGCCGAUCCGCCAGCCGGAGCUGUUCGCCAAGGUCGGCAUUACUGCUCCCGCGGGAGUCCUGCUGUGGGGCCCGCCUGGCAACGGAAAGACGCUGCUGGCCAAGGCUAUCGCCAAUGAGUCGCACACCAACUUUAUCAGCGUCAAGGGCGGCGAGCUCAUGUCCAAGUAUGUCGGCGACAGCGAGCGUGCGGUGCGCCAGGUGUUCUCCAGGGCGCGGGCAUCGAGCCCCUGCGUCGUGUUCUUUGAUGAAAUCGACGCCCUGUGCAGCCGCCGUAGCGGUGAGCAGAGCGAGGCGUCGGCGCGUGUGGUCAACACGCUGCUGACUGAGAUUGACGGCAUGGUGUCGCGCAAGGCCGUGUAUAUCAUCGCUGCCACCAACCGGCCUGACAUCAUCGACCCAGCCAUGCUGCGGCCGGGUCGACUCGACAAGCUGUUGUACGUCGAGCUGCCGACGCCUGCCGAGCGGGCUGACAUCCUGCGCACGCUGACUAAAAAGACCCCCCUGGCCGACGAUGUCAGCCUGGACGAGGUUGCUGCUGACUCGCGCUGCGACGGCUACAGUGGCGCCGACCUGGCUGGCCUGAUUCGCGAGGCUGCGGUUGCUGCGCUGCGGUCUGUGUUCCUGGCUCAGGACUCUGGUGCUGCGCAGCCUGGCGGCUCCAUCCUCGUAUCGAAGGAGAACUUUGACACCGCGCUGUCUUGCAUUGCGCCGUCGGUGUCGGCCUCCGACAUGAAGAAGUACGAUGCCCUGCGUAAACUGUACGGCAAGUGA